AUGGCUGACGACGACUUUGUCCGCCCCACCUUCGGGCUCGGCAGCGGAGGCUACAACAACGCCUACUCUGAAAAUGGCACAAACAGCGGUGGCAGUUUUGCCGAGAAGCAGCUCUCCAAAUACGGAUGGAAGAAAGGUACCGGGCUGGGCAAGGACCGCACGGGAAUCAACAAAGCCAUUUCGGUCGGGUUCAAAAACGACACCGACGGCUUGGGAGCAAAGUCUGACGAAUGGUCGUUUGCGUGGUGGGACCAUGUGUUUAACAAGACCUCGGCCUCGAUAAACAUAACGAAAGACACUACCACUACCACUACGACUGGUGCGGACUCUGAAGAAACGAUAACGACGGCCGUUGUCACAACCUCAGCUACCACAACCACGGCCGCGAAAGCUCUUCUUUACGGGUCCUUCAUAAAAGCCGCUCCCGUGACCUCUGGGUUUAUUGAGGAAAAGGAUUAUUCUGUGAGAAUAACAGACGCAGAGCUCCUGAAGGCGUGCGAGGGGCGUACCGCGAGAAAAGGGGCUAGAGCGCAUCAACCGGGAAAGCUCGUAAGAGCAGGGAUGGAGGCCAUGGCAAAGGCAGCAGAUGACUCCUCGGAGGAUGAGGAUGAGAUGGAGCGGAUGAGGAAGGUGUGUGAGGUGCUGGGGGAAGCGGCACCAGCGCCAGCACCCCCAACGAUAUCGGAGGCCAAGAAUAGUAGAGUAGAGGAAGUUGAAACGAAGGAUGGGCCGAAGAAGGAUAGGAAGGAGAAGAAGGACAAAAAGGAAAAGAAGGAGAAGAAGGCGAAGAAGGAAUCGAGCAAAGCAAAGAAAUCGAAGUCUGCCGCGAAAGAAAACGCGGACGAUAUAGAAUCCUGUGCGACAUCGCGAUCCAAAUCAGAAGCCUCCUUAUCAAGUACGGUUGCCCCUAAACCGAAAAAGGCAAAGAAGGAGAAGACGCCGGCCUCCAUUGACACUGCAUCCGAAGCGGUGAGCGAAAAGUCCGAUCCGGUCGAAAAGAAGAGUAAAAAGCGGAAGCGGCAGACGGAGGAGGUGAGCUCGGCAUCAACAUCGGGCGAAACUAGCGAAGGGAAAGCGAACAAAGAGAAAAAGGCGAAGAAAGUUAAAAAGGAGAAGAAAGUCAAGGCGUAA